AUGAGAUAAAAAUCAGGUUUAUUUGACCUCCAAGAUAAAUUAUUUAAUUUUUUACAAUUAUUUAAAAGCUUGAUUUUAACAUCACAAAUAAUCAAUAAAGUUAAAAAACAAAUCUAAAAUAAAAAAUUGUCUAUUUUUCUUAUUGAAAAACAAACAAACAAAUUAAUUAAUUAAUUAAAAAUCUUUACUUUUCAUUAUUUAAAAAAGAUAUUUGGUAAAAACAUAAGAAAUAAAAUGACAGAAAACAUAGAAUUAUUUUAUAAAGUAGAAGAGUUUGUAAGCUUGCCUCUAUAAUUAUAUACUGAUGUAGGAAUCAAAUUAAAAGGUUAUGAUCUUGAGGCUUAAGAUUUACUCGAAUUAGGAAAGGCUUUAGCAAGUUGCUCCAAUCUUUAAACUCUUUUACUCCAAGUCAAUUUUACUUAAAUUGGCGAUCAAGGCAUAUAAUUUUUAGAUUAUGGUUUAUCGAGUUGCACAAACCUAUCUAAUUUGACCAUGAUUCUCAACAAUAACUUAGUUGGUAAUUAAGGUGCCUAUUCUAUUUCUUCUGGUUUAAAAAAAUGCCUUAAUAUCUAAAAUUUGAUGCUCAAUAUCGGAAGCAAUUAAAUUGGAGAUUAAGGCAUAUAAUAUAUAGGUUCAGCAAUAGAAGCAUUACCAAACCUUUCCUAACUUGAGCUUUAAUCUGAUUUAAAUUUGAUUCGUAAGAAAGGGGUUGUAGAUUUGGGUACUUGUUUAUCAAAUUCUAUCAAUCUCAAUAGUUUGAAGCUCUCCCUUAUCGAUAAUAAAAUUUUACUUAGUGAUCCAUCAAGUUUAGGUUUUAGCUUUUUAAAAUGUCCAUAUCUGUAGACAUUAGAACUGAAAUUUUAGGUCGAAUCUGAAAAUUAUGUUAUAGGCAACCAAAUUGAUUUAUUAGAUUAAGAUGAUGCUUUUAUAAACUGUCCCAAUCUCUUAAAUUUAGAAUUCAAAUUUAUGUAAAAUGAAUAUUUUGUUUUAUUAGAACUUUAUAAUUUAUAGUUUUUUAAUUAAUUGAUUUUUAUCUCACAUUAAGCAUAUUUUAAAACUAUUUUUUUAUUUUUCUAAUGA